AUGGAGCCCGCGGGAAUAUCGGAACGCUGUGACCCCAAAGUAACCAGGCCCACAUGGCCUUCAUUAUCCACCAUCACAUCGCCUUUAAGCGAAUGGAAGUGCCCGGCUACUUUGCUGUCCUACAGGCAUGCCUCCAAUGGUUUUAACAAGUGGGCGAUAUAUGGGAAACCAAGCGGCGAUCUGAUACGUCCCGGACUCAACGACGCACCAGAGUACGAAGUUGGCAGCCGUCCAAGGGCCGUCCGUCAAGAUAGUGGCCAAUCCGCUCCAGCGAAAAAAGGCGUUAGUGUCAACGCAGUGGCCCUCCUUAGUCCGGAAGUAGCUCAACGGCUAGCAGGGAGAGGGGUGGUGGAGGUGGUUGGGGAAAACGAGGCAUGGUCCAUAUCACCUAGCGAGCAGGCAUUCACAGUGGCACACGGGACGAAUUCUAAGCCAUAA